CUGAAGGCAGCAGCAGUCAGUCACACCUGGCGUUGAUCAGCGGGUGAUGGGACUGAUAGAGGCGGCUCUGCGACGGAGCAGCUCCAGUCUCCUCUGUUCUCUCCCUCUCGGUGUUUAGUGGAGUCCUCUCCUGUUGUCAGAUAUGAAACUGUCAGGACUGCUGGCUGCGUUUUUAAUCCUCUGUGCUGGCGGGAGAGUUUUGGGGAUAUCUCAUCCCAAACCUGCCUGCCAUUACCCACCAUCUCAGUGGUGUCGAUCGCUGGAGAUCGCGAUAGAGUGCCAGGUUCAGAAGCAGUGUAUGGAAGUGAAUGCUGCCAGACCAAACCAGGCUGUUCCUCCAGUAUCUGUCACUCUGUACUAUGAGAGUUUGUGUCCAGCUUGCAGAAUCUUCAUCUCCCAGCAGCUGUUCCCCACCUGGACGAUGCUGCAGGACAUCAUGACCCUCACUCUGGUGCCCUACGGGAACGCUAAAGAGUUUCCGUCAGCCAAUUCUCCCUUCACCUGUCAGCAUGGAGAGCCUGAAUGCAGAGGAAACAUAAUUGAGGCCUGUAUCAUCCAUUUAACGGGACACUCAGCAGCUCACAUCGUCUACUGCAUGGAGUCAGCUGCAGAUGUUCUCAACGCUGCUCGGCCUUGCCUCCAACUCUACGCUCCCUCUGUUUCCUGGUCGAGUGUUGACUCCUGUGUGAAAGGAGAUCUGGGAUACCAGCUGAUGCACGCCAACGCUGUCAUGACCAGAGCUCUGAACCCUGCUCACACACAUGUCCCCUGGGUCACCUUCAACGGGGAAUACACAGAGGAGAAUGAGGACAAGGCAAUGUCGUCCCUUUUCCGUUUGGUUUGCCAACUUUACAAGGGGGUGAAGCCUCCAGCCUGCACUGGAGCCCCGGUCAGACUGGAGAGAAGCUUCUGCUGAACUCAACAAAAUCAGCUUUAUAAUGGUCUGUGUGCUGCCUGCAGGAAAACAGCAGAUCAUAAUGUACCAAAUAACACCAUUAAAUUCAUACUGACAGGUAUAGUUUUUGUUCAAGGAUGUUUGUUUGUAGUUUAACAAUGUAGAUAUAGGAUCAUACUGUGGGAUUUUGUCUGUUGUACCUUGAUGGGACUUUUGGGAAACCAUUUGAAAGUGGACUAAAUCUUGCAUGUAGCUCUUGAGUGACAUUAUUUCCAUUUGAAACACUUUUUUGUUCAUUAGGGUGACUGUACAAAACAAAGAAAUAACAAUUA